GCGGCGCUGUCGCUGCUGUGUGUCCUGCUCUCCCGCCCCCGAGAAGCCGAAGCGAUGGCCGCGGCGGAUGCCGGCGGUCCCUGAAGUCGAGCGGGCAUGUCAGGGCGGCGGAGCGGCGGGCACGGCAGUCAGGCCCCGGCGCCACACAAGGAGCCCGCGGAGGGGGCGUCGGCAGCGGGCGGCCGGCGGGGGCGGCGUGCGGCCUAGUGUCUCAGAAUUCUCAACCAUAAUCCUCUGAGUACUGUUGAAGAUUCACAUCUUUUUAAAUUGCCAGCAUUAAAAUAUCUAGACAUGGGAGCAACACAAAUGUCACUUACAGCAAUUGAGAACACCAUCCUGAUGACUCUUGAAUUGGAAAAACUGUUAAAGGAACUCUCUUAAUGUACUGCAAAUCAGCCCUUCAAAUACCUAAGAUCUAAGGAAGGAAGCAACAUAUGUUGAGCAUUUUAGCAAAUCGCACGUGUUGCAAAUGCUCAGAGCCAUGCUACAAGGAAGUUGGGGACAUAGAAGCUCAGAGCACAGUAUUCUUGAAGCCAAAAUUCAAGACGAGGACCCUUUCACUACCCUGAGGAUGUCUCGGGCUGUCCAUCUUCCAGUUCCCUGUCCUGUUCCACUUGGUACAUUAAGAAAUGACUCCUUGGAAGCUCAGCUUCAUGAGUAUGUCAAACAAGCAAACUAUGUGAAAGUGAAGACAAUUCUUAAGAAAGAUGUUGGUCCGGUCUCAGGCAGUGGCCAAGAAGCUGAUUCCAUCGCUGGGCCCAGAUUCAGUUCAAGAACUGCCCCCGGAGCCGGAUCCGUUUGCGGUUCUACAUCGGGAUUUGCGUGACAAGCUGGCUCGGCCACAAAGGCUCCCAGACAUGGUUCCAGGGCAAGACUGGGAACAGAAUCAGGCCCUGGUUCUGCCUCUUGGACUGAAAAGUAAGAUUCGAACCGUAGAUAGUGAGAAUUCAAAAGCAACCAAGUUUGUUGUUUCACCCCUGAAGAGAGAUCUCACUCAGCAUCCACGGCUUGCCGAGAUUCUUGGAAUUCCAGACACAUUUGCAUCAAAACCUAAGCAUCCGAAACAAAUCUUGCAGGAUGAUAAUGGAUUUUCAAGUAUGGAUAUAGAUUAUCCUGAAUUUCCUCGAGAAUCCCAGAAGGACCCAGAUGAGCAUCUAGAGGCCCCCGAGCCAGUUGAAACUAAUCAAUUACAGCAAGAGGCUCUAUCUCAAAACCUAGAGCUCCCUGAAGAGAUCCAAUCCUCUCCACCCCAGCAAGACCCAGCUCAGCCUCCACAGCCUCCUGAGCAGGAAGAAGCUUCAACCCAACAGGAGGCCCUAGCUCACCCUUCAGGCCCUGCUGUGGAGGCCAAACCUUUUCCCAGUGAGCAGGAGCAGGCAGCUCAGACUUCUGAGUCUCCUGAGGAGAGUGAACUUUCUCAAACCCAGCAGGAGCAACCAGCUCAGUCUCCAGAGCAUCAUGAAAUGACGGUUUUACCUCUAGGUCACCAACAAAGUCAGCAUUUAAGCUUGCUUGGUACCACUACUAAACCUCCAGAUCUGCAGAUUACCAUAACAGCAGAACCUGCUGCAGAGGUGGGAACUUUUCCAACUUACCACGAGUCUACUGCUCAGCCCUCAGUGCCAACUAAUGAUGUGGAACCUUCUACAACCCAGCAGGAGGCCCCAACUCUGCCUCCAGGGCCUCCCGAAGAGGUUGAACCUUUGCCAUCUCAACAAGAGGCUUCAGGUCAAUCUCAAGAAUCUAUGAAGGAUGAGGAGCCCUCUCCAGCCCAGCAGGAGGCUGCGGCUGAGCAUGCACAGACCACCGAGGAGGCAGAACCUUCUGCGGCCCAGCAGGAGGCUGCGGCUGAGCAUGAACAGACCACUGAGCAGGCAGAACCUUCUGCAGUGCAGCAGGAGGCUGCGACUGAGCAUGAACAGGCCACCGAGCAGGCAGAACCUUCUGCAGUGCAGCAGGAGGCUGCGGCUGAGCAUGCACAGACCAACGAGGAGGCAGAACCUUCUGCGGCCCAGCAGGAGGCUGCGGCUGAGCAUGAACAGACCACCGAGCAGGCAGAACCUUCUGCAGUGCAGCAGGAGGCUGCGACUGAGCAUGCACAGACCACCAAGGAGGCAGAACCUUCUGCGGCCCAGCAGGAGCCUGCGGCUGAGCAUGAACAGACCACCGAGGAGGCAGAACCUUCUGCGGCCCAGCAGGAGGCUGCGGCUGAGCAUGCACAGACCAAUGAGGAGGCAGAACCUUCUGUGGCCCAGCAGGAGCCUGCGGCUGAGCAUGAACAGACCACCGAGGAGGCAGAACCUUCUGCAGUGCAGCAGGAGGCCCCAGCUCUGCCUCCAGAGCCCCCUGUGGGUGCCGAACCUCCAGCAGUCCAGCAGGAGCACCCAACCCAGCCUCUAGCACCCUCUGUCGAAGACUCAGUUCAUCUUCCAUUGGAUGAUGAGAAGACAUUUUCACCUCUAGAACUCUCUUAUAUAUUCAGAAGUCAUGAUUCAACACUGCCUAGUACAACAGUUACACAUGUGGAUGUGGAGCUCACCAUGACUACUCCAGAGCCUAGUGCAGAGGUUGAACCUUCUCCACUCCAGCAGGAGGGCCCUGCUAAGCCUUCAGUUCCCACUGAGCAGGUUGAAUUUUAUCCAGUCCAAUCCCAUCCUUACUCCCAAACUCCAGAUUCCCUUGAAAACAUUGAAUUUAAUGUAGCCCAGCAAGAGGCCACAGCUCAGAGUCCAGAUCCUCUUAAGGAGGUAGGCCUUUCUCCAGUGCAACAGGAGGCCCCUGCUGGGCCACCAGAGCCCUCUAAGGAGGUUGAACCAUCUCACCAGGAGACUCCAGGCCUGCAACUAGAACCCCCUAAAGAGGUCGAACCUUCUCCAGUCCCCCAGGAGGCUGCAGCUCCACCCUCAGAGCCACCUAAGGAGGUAGAACCUUCUCCAGCUCAGCAGGUGGCCCCAUCUCAACCUGCAGAACUCCCUGAGAAGGUAGAACCAUCUCCAGUCUAUCACGAGGCCCUUCCUCAGCCUCCAGGUGCCCCAAAGGAGGCAGAACCUUCUCCAGUUCUGCAGGAGAUCCCAGCUCAGGCUGCAGAGCCCUCUGUGGUGGUGGAAUCCUCCCUGACACAGCAGUUGGCCCCAGCUCAGCCUCCAGAGCCAUCUAAGGAAGUUGUAGGUCAACCUCCAAUGAAUUAUGAGAUGACGGUUCCAGCACCAAGUCAGGAUCAAGCUCCGAAUCCAACGACCAGUAUCACAGUUCAACCUUCGGAUGUGGAGGUUACCAUAACUCCAGAACCCAGUGUGGAGGCUGAACAUUCUACAGCCCUAAAGAAGACUACAGCUCCUUCUGCAAAGCCUCCCGAGGUAACAUAUCCACGUCCAGACCAGGUUCAGACUCAGCAUCCGAACCCGACUCCAGUCACAGCUCAACCUUUCGAUCUGGCACUUACCAUAACUCCAGUACCCACUAUGGAGGCUGAACAUUCUACAGCACUGAAGAAGACUACAGCUCCACAUCCACACCAGGACCAGACUCAGCAUCCAAAGUUGACGCAAGUCACAGUUAAACCUUUGGACCUGGAACUUACCACAACUACAGAACAUACCACAGAGCUGAAACCUUCUCCCACCAGGCAGGAGACCACAACUCAGCCUCCAGAACCACCUAAGGAGGUUGCAGCUCAACCUCCAGUGUACCAGGAGGUGAGAGUUUCAAAACCAGGACAGGAUCAAGCUCAGCAACCAACGUCACGCAAUGUUGCAGUUUGGCCUUUAGACCUGGAGCUUACUGUAACUUCAGUAUCUACUACAGAGGCUGAGUACUCUACAGCCCUGGAGAAGAGCACAGCUCCACAUCCACAGCAGGUGCAGACUCAGCAUCCGAACCUGACUCCAGUCACAGCUCAACCUUUGGAUGUGGAACUUACUACAACUCAGCAUCCAUUGGUGUCUUCUGAAAAUUACACCCCAGAAAAGAAUGCCAUGGAGAGCAUCAACCUCUGUGAGCUCUGUGUCUGCAGAGACGAGACACUGUCCUGUACUGGUCUCAGCCCAGAGCAGAGGCUCCGCCGAGUGCCUGUGCUACAGCCGAAGACCUACAACAGCACCUUCGCCGUCGUAAAUUUCCAAGGAAACGCUAUAUCUUCCAUUGAUGAGCAUGUGUGGGAAGCAUACCGCUGGACUGAGAAACUAUUUAUUCUCAUAGAGAAGUACCAGAAAGGUCCCCAGGGGGCUGUUUCAGAUUUCUGCGGCAUAGGAAAUUCUCAGAGAAAAAUCACUCUCAGAAAGGCUUUUUCCUGUUAAGGAAGCCUCUGUGGCUUAGGGAUAUAUAUAAACCGCCGAGUGCUACCCGCCAGAAAAACAUGGCCAAAAAGCUGCAUGACAAGAAGUCUUCAGAUGAGGAUGAGAGGGUGCUCCGUGAAUCAGCUGGAACAGAGGAUUCUGUGUAAAUAGAUAUGCCUGAUGAGGGAGAGGAAAGCGAGGUGCGUGAGGGGAACACAGAGUGACCCUGUCCUGCCUCAGGCCACCUGCAAAUCUUAUUUUCUCACCUUUCAGCACUAGAACUGCCUUUCAUCAUCGUCAGCUAUGAUGGUACUGAGAACAAAAGCACACUAAAGAGGUGGAGAGAGGAAGACUUGCACUACAUCUGGACAUGAGGCAGGACAGUAUGGGGCACUUGAAUGUGAGGAGACAUGGAAGAUCUGCAGAUAGGCCAGCUGACUGGGGGAAUAUCUGUCUUCCAGCCUCGGGCAUGAGUACUGGGCAAUUGGCCAUUGGGGACCAAUGGAAUAAUCUCAAUGGAAUGUUCUGAUUGAGGAGGCAUCUAUAAGAAACCCAGAAAGAGCUUUCAUGAAAAUAUUAAAAGCCUGGAAGAAGAACACAAGCACUGAGCUGACGAUUGAGCCAGAGAAGUCAUCCUCAGAGAAAACUUGCAUCAUCUGGUCAGAUAUGAAUGAGGAGCUAGACCUAAAUGAUAAAAGUGAAAUUAUACAUGCACUAAAUUACCUAUUAUCUAUCCGAGGGAAACCUAGAAAAUAUACAACCAACAUUAUUGCCAUUCAUUAAACUGCUUUUUUCAAAUAUACAGGAUGAAGAUGCAUCCCUGGAUUACUUGAAGAAAAAUAUACAAAUAGCCCCUCUCUCAUACCUGAAUCCAACAAUUCACUCUACACAAUUAAAUUGGGGAAGCUCUAUUUUCUCGAAAAUUUGUUAGAUACGGAAAUUCAAGAAAAAAUCGAUGAGUUUAAGAAGAAAGAAAAAACUACCAUGCUUAUGCAGUCUAGUCUUUUAGGUCCCAAACUUAAACACAAAAUAUUGUUAAAUUAGAAACUGCCCAACCACAGGAGAACAGCCUGGCAAAGAUUGAGAGUGUAGGGAAAAGGUUGCAGAGAGUGUACAGAGUCCUCCAGCGGUGAAGAGGCGUGAGGAAUGAGUACUUCAAACAAGUGAGGGAGGGAUCAGAGAAUCACUGAAGGAUCAGAGCAUUGGGAAGGAUCAGAGAAUCAUUGAGGGGUCAGAGCAUCACUGAGAGCGCAGGAAAAAGGCUGCAGAGAGUGAACCGAUUCCUCAAGUGGCCAAGAGGCAAAAAGAAAAGACACUUCAAAGAAGUGAGUGAUCUGGCUGGCCCGUGUCUCACUUGGAAUGGCGUGGUGCUGACAACACCAAGUCAAGGAUUAAGAUCCCCUUACCGGUCAUCUUUAUAUACGGGGAAAAAAAAUUAGGCAGGCAGAGAAACAACACUGGAUCCGAAACUGGAAUUCUGUGAGGCGCCUCCUUAGCACGGGGCCCAGGGGGAGAAGGGACAAGGAGAUGGUUUGAAGGGGAGGUCGGUCGCCAUAUCCUGUUUUGAGUCUUGGGGACUGAAAGAGGGUACACUUUGGGGUGGUCACAUUCCUUUGUGUCUUCCUAAGUUCCCGCCCAACCCCGAUGUGUGCAAACGUGUCCCAGGGCUGCAAUGUGGAUGCAUGUGAUGCCUCCUAUCGUCGUGCCGGGACAAUGAGGCUGCCUUUGAGCCUCCUGUACUGCCCCAGUGAGAUGUCUGACCCCGGGUUUCCAGACUCAAGCUCCCUCUUUUAGCAGCAUCCAGCUUGGGAGGAGGUCCCGUGGAGCCAAAUAGGGGUUUAAUGUAACAGUAUGUGUCAGGGGUUUUAAUCCGCACCGCAAGAUGCCUGGCCAGACACCAAAAACUGCUUCAAACCUACUGAACCCAAAUCUUCCCCCAUCCCCACCACACCUGAUUCGCCGGGACUUUGAGCCACUGGUGGGGGGUAUUCCUGCCUUCCCUGAGUGGAUCAUCACUGUAGGAGACAAUAAAUCAGUCUCUAAGUUAUAAGUAAACAAUGCAAGAGAAGUCGCAAGGUACUGCUGCUGAAUGAGAGAUGAUCAGUUCUAGUUCUGCAGCAGGAAAGCUCAACAGGGAUGCGACAGGGAAGGGCUGCUGGAAGAGGUGGAACUGGAGGCAGUCCCUGGAGAAUGGCUCCAGUGUGGAUCAGCAGGGAAAGGAGAACACACAUCGAGCAAGGGGAAUGCGGAAGAGGGUGGGACUUACAUUUCCAGAAAUGAUGGGCUAAGUUAUUCACAUCAGCCCUCCCACUGAGAACAAGUGCAAAUGCUGGAUAAAGGAUUUUUUAAAAAAAUCUUCUCAACAGUAUCACAGACAUUUGACGAGAGAUGAAUUUCCAGGCCAAAGCCUAGAGAAAAUGGGAUCCCAGAGAGGCACUGGGAGACAGAGCAGAAGAAAUUACCCAGAAUGCAGAAAAGAGGGGCAAAAAAAGAAGAGAGUUUGAGAGACAUUGAAAAGGAAUAACAUAAUUUAAUCAGAGUUCUAGAAAGAAAGAAUAAGAGAAUGUGGCAAGGGCUGGAUGUGAAAAAACAAUGGCUGAAAAAAUUUCAGUACUGAUGAGGCAGCAAUUCACAAGUUCUGGAAGCCCGAAGAGUCCCAAGUAGGAUAAAUAAAACAGAAUCCACCUGUACAUACAUCACAAGGAAACUUUGGAAUGCCAAAUAUAGGGAAAAAUCUUAAGAGCAGCCUUCUCGACAGCAAUAAUGGAAGCCAUAAGCCAGUGGAAUAUCUCGAACGUGCUGAAUGAAAAUAACUUACAACCUAGAAUUCAAAUUUUCAAACAAGUAAAAACUAAGAAAGUUUACCAUCAGCCUCACCAAAGGAAAUUCUAAAGGAUGCAAUUCAGGCAAAAGGAAAUUGAUCCCAGAUGGAAGGUCUUAGAUGCGAGAAGGGACGAAGACUUGUACACAAAUGUUCAUGGUAGAAUUAUUCAUAAUAGCCAAAAAGUGGAAGCAGCCCAAACACCCAUCAACAGAAGAACAAAUAAAAUUUAGGGGCUCGCUGUUUAGCUCAGUUGGUUAGAGUGAGGUAUUGAUAACACCAAGAUCAAGGGUUCAGAUCCCUGUCCUGCCCAGCCACCAAAAAUAAUAAACAAAAAAUUGAUAUAUUCCUACAAUGGAAUAUUAUCCAGCCAUAAAAAGGAGUGAAGUACUGAUACGUGUUAUGAUGUGGACAGACCUUGAAAACACUAUGUUAAGUGAAAGAAGCCAGACACAAAUGCCACAUAUUGUGUGAUUCUGUUUAUAUGAAGUGCCCACAACAGGCAAAUCCAUAGAGACAGAGGUAUGUUAGGGGUUGUCAGGGGCUGCAGGGAGGAGGGAGUAAUGGGUACAGGAUUUCUUUUCAGGGUAAUAAAAAUAUUAUGGAAUGAGAUAGUGGUGAUGGUUGCACAAUCUUGUGAAUAUACUAAAAAUCACUGAAUUAUACACUUACAAUGGUGAAUUAAAUCUCAGUUAAUGUUUUUUCCUGGGCUGGCUGGUACAGGGAUCCGAACCUUUAACCUUGGCGUUCCAAUGCUGCACUCUAACCAACUGAGCUAACUCGCCAGCCCCAACAUAAUGUUAAGUCUGGCCCUUUGGCUCAGUUGGUUAGAGCGCAGCCUUGGAACACCAGAAAUAAUUUUAAAAAGAAGAAACGAGGAGUGAAGAUACGUAGCUAAAGCUAAACAGCUACUGACGACAGAAACAGUAACAGUGACGUCCACUGAGAUUAAAAGAAUGAACAACACAUGAUAAGGUACCACAUAAAUGAUAAAUGAAGUGAAAGUGUUCUGUGGCUUAGGAGGAAAAUAAGUAAAGGCAAGUAAGUAAAAUUGAGACUUUGAUGCGCAUUGUAGUUUUUAGGGUACAAACAAUAUGCCCUAUAUAAACAUGUAAAUAUAGGAUGUAAUCUGGAGGACAAUCAUUAGAAGAAUAGAAACAAAGGCAUGGAAGUGGCAAUAAGGUCUGGUGUGGCCAGUUGGGGAACCAGCCGAUCUAUUUAUAGUAAUGCCUGGCUGUCUGGGACAAGUGUAUCUGGAUGAAACAGGGAUUACAGGAAUCACAGGCAGGAACUUAACGAUUGCCUGAUUCAGCCCACUCUUUUCAAAGGUUCGUCCCUGUAGUUCAGAAAUUGUCAGGUAUGUGUUGGCUCCUCCUGGGUGCCAGGCAUGGUGUUAGGUGCUGGGGCCACAAGGGGUGCAUAAUCCCUACUUCAUGGAACCACAUAUCCAGGAGGGAAGGCUGGAGAUGAGAGCCAGAGCUCAGCCACGCAGGGACUGGCAAGUCAGACUAAGGAGCUCACCUCUGAUGCCAGGAGCAGUGGAAAGCCAUUGAAAGGCUUUCAGGAGGGGGGACAUGAUCAUUCCAGCUGCUGAAUGGAUUGGAAGGAGGCAUGAGUAGCAGCAGACAGCUACCCCAGAGAGCUUUCUGAGAGACGGUGAGGAUGGAGCGCAGUGGGCAGAUGCAAGAGAGAAUGAAGAGGUAGAUGCUACAGGAUGCAGAGAGAACUGGAUGUGACUGUGAGAAGGUCGAAGACCAGGAAACUGAGAAGCAGAGGUCCAGCACCCUCAGAGAGCUGGUGGCUAUGCCAAGGCUGAGACCAGGCCAGGGUCUUUCCACAACCCUGUGUUUGAGACAUGCGAAUACCCAAGUGGAAACAGGCAGAUGAGAAGCAGACACUCUGGAGCCAGGAGGCUGGGAUUUGGCCUCUUGGGCCUGCCUGUGACAGUGGAACCUACAAGAGGCUGAGUUGUCCAAGGAAAGAGUGUGAAAAAGAGACAGAACUUUGGCACACACCUGAGCCCGCACGUGGAAAUGGAACCAGCAAGGAUCACAGCAGGGGACUUCCAAUAGAGCCUUUAACAGACCACAGGUGUCACCACCGCAGGAUCCUGGGUCUCUCCUUGCCUCUCUGAGCCUUGGCUUCCAUGGCAGACAAACUUUCAGAUGUUCCCACCUCCUGGUGUCCCGGCCAUUGUGUAUCCCUCCCCUUGAUUGUGGGCAGGACCAAUGACUUGCUUCUAACCAGUAGCAUAUGGCAAAGUGGAUGAGAUGUCAUUCUUAUGACUUCCUUACAUUAUACAAGACUCCCCCUUGCUAGCCAGCUCACUCUAAAGGCUCUCCUUGCUGGCUUGGUGAAGCAAGCAACCAUGUUGGGCAUGACAGUUCCUUUUUUGUGUCAGCUUGGCUAGGCUAUGGCACCCAGCUGUUCAGUCAAACACUAAUCUAGAUGUUACUGGGAAGGUAUUUUGUAGAUGUGGUUAAUAUUCACCAUCAGUUGAUUUUAAGUAGAGAUUACCCUCAGUAAGGUGGGUGGCCUCACCCAAUCAGUUGAAAGGCCUUAAGAACAAAAUCAAGUUUCCCUGAGAAAGAAGAAAUUCUGCCAUAAGACUGCAGCGUUAGAUCCUGUCUGAGAGGUUCCAGCCUGCUGGUUUGCCCGGACUUCAGACUUGCCCUCCUCUGCAAUCGUGUAAGCCAAUUCCUAGGAAUAAGUAUCUCUGUGUGUGUGCGUGUGUGUGUGUGUGUGUGCGUGUGCGCGUGUGCGUGUGCAUGUGCGUGUGUGUCCUACUGUCUCUCUGGAGGACCCUGACUGAUACACUGGCAAAGCCCAUGUGGAAAGGAACUGCCUUCAGCUGACAGCCAGCAAGAAGCCAGAACCCUCACUCCUAUACCCAAACCUCCAGAUGAGAACACAGUCUGGGCGACAUCUUGAGUACAGCUUUGUGAGACCUUGAGUAGAUCCAGCUAAACCAUGACUGAACUUCUAACCCAUAGAAACUAUGAGAUAAUAAAUGUAUGUUGUUUUACGUCA